CAGCUGUGAGGGCGGUGUCCUAAAAGCGCUGCUUUAAUUGGCUGGAGGAAUCACAUGGGGACAGUUGUGUCACGCAUUAUCUCGCAAACUGUGCGGCUGCUGCUCUAGAACUCUCCAGUGUCUGUCUGUCAGUAGUUGUGCUGCAACCAUGGUGAAGGCAGUGUGUGUGCUGGCGGGAAGCGGCGAUGUGAAGGGAGUGGUGCACUUCGAGCAACAGGAUGAAGGAGCAGUGAGUGUGGAAGGGAAGAUCGAGGGACUGACUGACGGACUGCACGGCUUCCAUAUUCAUGUGUUUGGGGACAACACUAAUGGCUGCAUGAGCGCUGGAUCUCAUUUCAACCCCGAGAACAAGAAUCACGGAGCCCCGGGAGAUACAGACAGGCACGUGGGAGACCUGGGCAAUGUGACGGCUGAAGGUGGAGUCGCUCAGUUCAAAAUCACAGAUUCUCUGAUCUCCCUGAAAGGCCCAAACUCCAUCAUUGGCCGCACUGCUGUGGUCCAUGAGAAGGCAGACGACUUGGGCAAAGGUGGAAAUGAUGAGAGUCUGAAAACGGGCAAUGCUGGGGGUCGUCUGGCUUGUGGUGUGAUCGGUUAUAGUCCGUGAUCGACUCCCCCGAAGCAUUUAGUCUCCUCGUUGUGUCUCAUCGGCACUCGUUCUCCUUCUCUCCGCACUCAGUUACCGCUCUCCAUUCUUCUUGUGUUUAUCUGAUUGAAUAAAGGACACACCUUUGUCAUCAA